UGUGCUGUGUAUCUACGUCAAAAAUGAUCUCCCACCGUGUCGGACAAUGCUGGUCUCUGUGUCCCGCAUGAUGAGCAAAGAAUGUGGCAUAACAAACAUUCAAGACGAGGAGGACUAUCAGAAGCGCGUACUGGAGAACGUUAAACCCGUCGUUGUUGACUUUCACGCUUCAUGGUGUGGUCCCUGCAAAAUGCUUGGUCCUCGAUUAGACAAGGUGAUGGAGAAGUACAUGGACAAGGUGCUGCUGGCGAAGGUCGACAUCGAUAAGCUUGAAACCGUGUCUAUGAAUAAUGGGGUGAGUUAUGCGAAGGGCAAUUGGACUAAGUCUUUAGUGCACAUGCUUGCAAAUUUGUUCCUAUGUUUGUUUAUAAGCAUAUCCUAUCGUUAA